AUUUUUUUCCCUUCCAAUGGCAAAACAAUCUUCAUAUUUUUCCUUCACCUUGAUAAUGUGACGGUUAAACUCUCCCAUUUCUUUCUUCAACAAUACUUUCGAAACUCGGUUAACUCACUGAACUCAACUCACCAUGGCUUCGAUUCUCAACCCCCCGCCGCCGCCUUACUUUCACCGUACCUCUAUGCCUACCUCCGUUUCUUCCUCACCGGUGAUCUUAUCUUAUCCUUUCCUCAAAACGACGUCACUUCAAGUUCGGUUUAAAGCGUUGAGGACCUGGUCCGACGGCGGGAAAAUCGGGAGCCAGGAAGCUUACGGCGCCGAUUUCUUGAGGAAGCCGAGUACAGUGCCGAAGAAGGACAGUGAUGGAAUUUUGGAAGAAGAGGAAGGUAGUGAGGGAAAAAGAAACAGAGGUGAAUGGACUGAUUGGGAAGAUAGGAUUUUAGAGGACACCGUGCCUCUUGUCGGCUUUGUUAGAAUGAUUAUUCACUCUGGAAAAUAUGGAGCUGGAGAUAGAUUGAGUCCAGAGCAUGAAAGGACGAUUUUGGAAAGGUUGCUUCCUUACCAUCCAGAGUUCGAGAAGAAAAUUGGAUGUGGAAUUGAUUACAUCACUGUUGGUUACCAUCCCGACUUUGUAGGUUCGAGAUGUUUGUUCAUAGUUCGAAAAGAUGGAGAACUGGUUGACUUUUCUUAUUGGAAAUGCAUCAAGGGCCUAAUCAGAAAAAACUAUCCUCUAUAUGCAGACAGCUUCAUUCUCAGACAUUUUCGACGGCGUAGACGUAGUUGAUAAGGGUAAUACUCUGAACUUGUCAGCAACUUUUAUGUCAUUAUAUCCUGAAGAUCUUGUGAAUUUUGUUCUUAUUGUUUGUAAUAUGUCUUAUUUAUUAGCUGAUAACAUUGUAGAAAUUAAAGCAAUUAUUGAAAAUUCAUGAAAAUUCAA